AGAGAGAGAGAGAGAGAGAGAGAGAGAGAGAGAGAGAGAGAGAGAGAGAGAGAGAGAGAGAGAGAGAGAGAGAGAGAGAGAGAGAGAGAGAGAGACGGCCGUGAAAUAUAUUCAAAUGGUAUUCUUCAUUAUACAGGCUUUCCGAUAAUAAACAGAUGUCUCAGCUUACCGUUAUUUAAAAAAAAAAAACAGACAGCAAGAUGCGCGGGCAGGUGGAAAUAUAGAUAGAUAGAGAGAUAGAUACAUACAUCGAUAGAUAGAUAGGCAGAUAGAUAGACAGACAGGGGAAGGUUGCUCGGAUGAAUGUGUUGCCGGGGUUUCGAAGAUGCUCGCUCGGCGUUGGCUGGUUCUCUACACCGCGGCGGUAAUGUCCUAUUUUAACCCGGAGAGAGCGCUCGCUGCCCCGCAAGAUAACGAUGGUUUUCCCCUUAGACUGAAUCAUAUUGAGAUGGUGUGGUCCAGUCCCGGGCCCCGCCCUUGUCUCCUCCCCCCUAUGUUGUGGUUCUGAUCUCGUGUUCCGGCGUCUUCUCAUUCGUCCUUCUGCUGCUGGCCUGUAUGUGCUGCAAGAGAGGAGGCGGCUUCAAUGAGUUUGAUAACACCGAGGGAGAGGAGUGUUCUGGGGGGGAGGGCAGCCCUGCUGCAGAGGAUAGCAGCUCCUCCCAGUCUCUCCCCGAGGUCUACAUCCUUCCACUGAGCCAGGCCAACCACCCCUCCAUCCAGAAAGGUGGGGGCCCGCAAGGGUUCAGCCGUCAGAACCUGAGCUACCUGCAGGAGAUUGGGAACGGCUGGUUUGGGAAGGUGAUCUUGUCUGAGAUGUUCUCCGAGCCCAGCCCAGCCCAGGCUGUGGUGAAGGAGCUCAGAGUGAACGCUGGCCCCCUGGAGCAGAGGAAGUUCCUGACUGAGGCCCAACCCUACCGAAACCUCCAGCACCCCAACAUUCUGCAGUGUCUGGGCCUGUGCAGUGAGACCCUCCCCUUCCUGCUGGUCAUGGAAUUCUGUCAGCUGGGUGAUUUGAAGCGCUAUCUCCGAGCGCAGAGGAACUCUGACGGCAUGACCCCUGACCUUUUGACCUGUGACCUGGCGACCUUACAGCGCAUGGCCUUCGAAAUUACAUCCGGCCUUUUACACCUGCACCAGAACAACUACAUUCACAGUGACCUGGCCCUCCGAAACUGUCUACUGACCUCUGACCUCACAGUCCGCAUCGGAGAUUAUGGGCUGUCACACAAUCACUACAAGGAGGAUUACUACCUGACCCCUGACAAGCUCUGGAUUCCUCUGCGCUGGGUGGCCCCUGAGCUGCUGGACGAGCUCCACGGGAAUCUGCUGGUCAUCGAUCAGAGCAAAGCGAGCAACGUGUGGUCUCUCGGGGUGACGAUCUGGGAGCUGCUUGAAUUCGGAGCGCAGCCUCACAGGCACCUCUCAGACGAAGAGGUCCUAACGUUCGUCAUCAAGGAGAGGCAGAUCAAACUAGCCAAGCCCCGGCUCAAACUGGCCCACUCAGACUACUGGUACGAGGUGAUGCAGUCCUGCUGGCUGCCCUCCUCGCAGCGCCCCCCGGUGGAAGAAAUCCACCUCCUCCUCUCCUCCCUCAUAGCAGCAGAGCGAGGGAUGGGAGCGGAGGAGGGAGUGGAGGAGAGUGACGAGAGCUUCGAGCAGCGCUGGGAUUGCCUCCGAGCCUCUCCUCUGAACCGCCCGCAGCAGAACAACAACCUGAACCCCGCCUCCUUCCCCUUGCUGGAGCCCGUGGGGAGCAACACCAGUGGGCAAACUUCCGUUACGAUCGACUUAGACGACAUCCUGACAGUCACCGAGACCAGCAAGGGGUUAAAUUUCGAGUACCUCUGGGAGCAAGCACGCCGGGGGCGGGGGCACCUCCCUAAGCCCCUCCCAUUGACACACCCACUCCCCAUCAUAAACCCCACCCACCACGGUCAGAUGACCUCCAGAGCUCACAGCCGCCACAGCUUAGACACGCCCACCGUGGUGCCUGUCAUCAGCGCCCGAAGCCCGUCAUUGGCCAGCGAGUACUACAUCCGGCUGGAAGAACACGCCCCCAACCCCAACUCCCCACCCUCCACGCAUCCUAACGGACUGUCUAUAGCCCCGCCUCUUCCAGAAAAGAGGCAUUUUAUUAAGCUGCAAACUUUCCCGUACGAGCCCCUAAGCGGUCAUUUUCCUGCUCAGUCCCCACCUCACAGUGGACCGCCCUUACCUCCCCCCUUCCCACCCCCGUCUUACCCUCAGUCUACAGAUUCGCUGAAUGCCAGGAUGUUACCUGCUUCAGGUACUGCUGAGCAAGGAAGAAAAGUUACAACGACAACAAACAGUGACCUAGAACUGACAGAACUGAAGACCAGAAGCAACCACCUUGGGCAGACAAUGAAUUCAACUGAAUCAGCAAAAUUACUGACCAGGAAGGCUGUCCCAGUUGAAAUAAUGACCAACAGUACAGUAGAAAUACUGCCCUUUGGGACUGGGUCGGUCAAUACAACCCCAAGAGACUAUGCAAUGGUCAAUAUAACUCCCGUCAACCAGUCUCUCUUACAAACUGAGCCUAAACCAAGUGGACUGGUUGAAGUAAUGCCCAAUGAGCUGCCUUCAGAGAAAAGUGGUUGUUUGCCACCCAGUUUGCCCGAAAAGGGGCGUUUGCUUGACGGUUCUCAGCCCAAAAGUGGGUGUUUCCCAAUCCACUCUCCACCCAAAACGGAGGCUGAUCUUCCACAGUUGGCCCUGACCCGUCCACCUAAAUCACACACAGAAGUAAAAGAAGUUGUAGUUUCAGAGUUAUAUUUGCAUUCCCGACCCCUCCCACCCCCACCCACAAACCAACCAUUACUCCCUCAAUCUAAGGCCGGCUUGGUUGGGCCGGAAGAACACAGAAAAGGCUCGGAACCGAAUUUCCCUUCUGAUUGGUCAGCCAGUGGCAGCGUUCCGGAAGUUCAUGACAACAAAAGUUCUACGGAAGUUUUGAAGAAUUCCAGAAACAGACUUCCGUCCUUCACCGGUUCUGCCAGUCUGAGCGGUUCCUCUGAAUACACAGACCCCUUAAUGGGGGCGUCCAUUUCGAACUUUGACCUCUUGGCUUUCCAGCGGCAACGCAGGCCUCACGCUGUCCCUCCCUCUCCCUCUCUCUCCCCUUCUCUCCCUCCUUCUUCCCUUCUGCGGACCUCUCCCCCUCUUCCUAUGCCUCCCUCCACUCGUCCUCUACCUCUUCCUCUCUCCCCUUCCCUUCCUCCUCCUCUCUCCUCCCCUCCCCAGCUUCCUCCUGCCUACCAAGCUAAAAUUUCACCUACAACUAAUGAAGCCGCUUUAAGAGAGACAGCAAUGCACGAUAAUAAAGACCAGAACGUCAGUGAAGUAACAGCUUCCCUAGACAUUGCAUCUUGCCAUUCUCACCUUACAGAAACUCCCAGUUGCCCUCUAAGUAUAAAGCCCAGCAAGUCUGUAUUGACUGAAAUAAUGACCACACAACAAACAACGCCCUCCCAGUCACUAAUUAAUGAAAUAACACCUGAAAGCUCAGAUAUAAUGUCUCUAUUUACUGAAUCGACUACCACAGAUCCUUUAUUGAAAGAAACAAGUUCACUACUGGAGGAUAUAGCAUGCAAUAUCAUGUCCACAGACUCUGUUUUGUCCAACAAGACUUUUUUGACAGACAUGAUGUCCAGCGAAUCUGACUGGAUGACAUGCGACAAGACUUUUUUGACAGACGUGUCAUCCAGACAGUCCGAAUGGAUGGACAUAAUGUCCAACAAGACGUUUCUGACAGACAUACCGUCCAACGACAUUCCACCUGACAAGCCUGAAAGGACAGAGAUUGUGUCUAGAGGUUUGACAGACAUUCAGUCUCAUGGUCCAGCAGGGGGUGUCCACAAGGACUUACCGUCAAGCACCCAAAUAACGUCCAGAAGCUCAACAGUUUUAACAUCCGCAGACACUGAACUAGAGUCAGAAAUUCUCCCUAAAGAGUCUGUAUUAACAGAGAUAACAGCCUCCUCUCUUGUGAACGAGAUGAGUCUCAGUAUUCCAGUAUCGACAAACACUGAGCCCACAGCCUCUGCAGAGACAGUAGUAGACACUACACUGAGAGAAAUAACAUCUGACUUUGUAGCGACACCUAAAGAGCUUACAGAUCUAACACCCUCAAAACCACUUGCGAAUGCAAUGAACUUCAAAACAACACAGCACAGUUCUGUAACCGAACCCAGAGAGUUGGCAGACGUGAAACAGUGUAUUCACGCAGAUACGGGUUUGAAAGACGCUGUUCCAGAGGAGAUCACAGCCUCUCAAACACACGAUCCAAGCUGGGACAGACCUCCAGGGGCAGAGGCAAGGUGUCAAGGAUCUGUGGAAAUAAUCAUAACACCGUCAGGACCUGAGUCUGAAGACUCCGUAUUGUCUGAAAUCACUCAGAAAGAGUCUGUCAUUCCGACAGACGAUACACUGACAGGUGUAGCAUCCAGUGAUUUAGAACUGACAGCAGUUGAACCGAAAGACUGUGUAGUGACAGGUGUUAAACCCAGAGAAGGUGUAUUGACAGGAAUUGAACCGAAAGACUGUGUAUUGACAGGUGUUAAUCCCAGCAAAGGUGUAUUCACAGGCAUUGAACCGAAAGACUGUGUAUUGACAGGUGCAGAGCACCAGUAUUCUCUCUCUCUGACUUCCUGCAAUUCCACACUGACAGAAAUUCUGCCCAGUACCCUUUUAUUGACUGAGGUCGCAGCCCACACCCCUGCCUUGGCAAAAUCACCACAAACACACACUGCACUGAUAGUGGCCAAGGACUCUGUAGAGGUACAGACUGGAAUCACUUUUGCACACUCGGCACUGAAAGCAAUGGAGCCCAAUGCUGUGACAGAAGCGACUGCAUUGGAAGGAACAGAACAAACCCUGGAGCUGGAAAUAUCCAAGCCAGAGAAGGAAACAGCGUCCGGCGAUGCUUCUUUGACCGAACUAUCCCUCCCGUUGAAAACAGCACUGACAGAUCUGACCCUCUCACAGAUAUUGCCAUCAAACCAGUCUGAAACAGAGCCUGCAGACUCAACUUGCAUAACAUCAAGCCACCAUCCUGCCACGGAAUCUCUCGGGUUGGAAGCGACCCCAUCAGAACAGUCAUUAACAAAAUCCCUUAACCUGUCUUUGACAGACGUAGCAUUCCCUAGCUUGACUCCCUCCCAGUCCCUCCUGUUUUCGGACAUCACCCCUUCAGACCAGUCCCUCUCCUUCCCAACCCCCACGGACUCCGGCUUCUCCCCCCUCUCCUCCUCCCUGGACUGCCUGACCCCUGCAGACCCCCCAGAGGGGACCGGGGGCUUCAGGAUGCUGGGAGCCGACACCCCCCAUCGCGACUCUGCCUAUUUCUCGGACGGAGAGAACGAGACGGAAAGGGUGAGGAGUGGAGGGGUGUGGGGGCAGCAGCAGCCACAGCAGAGAAUGAGAAAUGUGCCGGAUGAUUUCGGCCACUUAACAGACUUUAAAUACUUUAAGAUGGGAGAGCUCUAUCUUCCAAGUCAGCCUAGGAGACUGGAAGGGAUACUAGAGAACUUUGAGAGUGAGGAACUUGAAAAACAAGAUCUCCAGGACUUGGAGAACGAAGAAAGCAAAGGUCUACUCCAGAACUUCCAGAACAGAAACCAGGAACCGAAAGUGCUUGGGAACUUUAAGAACACUGUAAUUGAGAACGAUGGUGAUACUCAUGCAGGGCAGAUAGUGUCUGAUAAGGUCUGCAAUUCAAACAAGUUAGAGACGGUAGAUGAUACAGUCAGAAGGAGCACACCCCUCCAGGGGCUGCUGAAUCGAGAUUCAAAGAAUCUUGUAGAUCCUGCUUGGAAUGUGCAUGAGAACUUCGAGAACAAGGGUUCUAAGUUCUGUGAGGACAUGAUCCCAGAGGAAAUUGAAAACACCUUAAUAGCCAACUUUGUCACCAAAAGUCCGGAUCCAAAAAUGGAGAUCAGGGAUUCUAGAGUGUUGGACAUCCGAGGUUCUAGAGUCUUGGAGAGCAGAGGUUCUAGACUAUUGGAAGGUUACGGACAAAAACGACUUGAAGAUGUUGAGCCAUCUAGAGAUGUCAGGAACACAGAUCCUGCAUUCCAAGACAGAACAGAUUCCAGACAGGACUCAGGCAUCAGGAUACCAGAACACAGCUCGCUCCAGAACUGCAGCAGUGCGUAUUCUAACAACAAUAGCACCAAUUCUGAAGCUUCAGAAGAGACUAAAUACCUAGAACACAGCCCCUUCUGGAACUUUGAGAGCAAAAGUCUAGAAGUCAACUCAUUUCAGAAUGCUGGUGAAAGUGAAAUGAAGGAUCCUCAAGAUCAGAUCUUACUCGAAAACAGAGAUCCAGAGCGAGAUUCACUCGAGAACUUUGAAAACCUGGAGAUUUUGUGUCAGAAUUCACUUGAGAACUUAGAAAUGAUCUCUGGGACGAGAGAUCCUGAAUUCAAGAACAGAGAUUCCAGUAGCUCGGAGAUGAGGGGUCUAGAGCAGAACUUACUUGAGGGCUCUGAGAAAUCACACAUGAAAGAAAUAGAGCUCUUUGAGAAAGGGGCUCAAAAUGCCCUCCAAAACUCCAGAGAUCCAAAACACAAGAGCAAAAAGAUUGAAGAUAACCGGCCUGAAAAUACUCAGAACUUUGAAACGCGUGAUUCCACCAUUCGGAACACAAAGACCACAGAGCAAAGUUCACCGCCAAGCUCUGAGCUGACCGGAGUGGACGACAAGAGAGGCCUUCCAGUAUCAGAUCAGGGGUCAUUGGACCGGAAGAGAGGUCAAAGGUCAUUGUCCAAAAAACAGGCCAAGAACGGACUGAUGAUGCAGGUGUGUGAGGAAAGGCUUCAGUUCUCGCUGAGAGAGAAUGUGAACCGUAAUGUCCUGUCGGGUGGAUGCGUGACAGAGAGGGUUGAACUGAGACCCUGGGGUCAUCCAGGGUCAGUGCCCGCCCUACCAGCCAAGGAGAGGGCGAGCGAGAAGGAGGGAGAACUGCACGACAGCCUGAGAAAUCAGAGUAGCGAUUGCCUCGAACCUACAGCCAACGACAUUGCAGAAGACCAUAGAACAAGCCGUAAUGAUGACACAGUGAGUGCACCUGAAGCAAAGGAGGCUGGGACAUUGGAGGAGCCACCAGCUGAUGACAUCACCAAUGGGCCACCGAAGCUCCCGAUUGGCCCAGAUCCUGAGACCACACCUCCUCAACCCCAGCACAUCCAAUCAAUGAAAGCGAAGCUAGCCCGUCUCUCUCUCUCCCUCCCCCCGCUCACCCUCGACCUCUCCCUCACCACCAGCCCCAAGUCCUUGUGGGGGCGGGAGCAGGACGAGGAGGAGGGGCCUGGGCACGGGGCAGGAAGUGACCCGGAGGACGAGGAGGAUGGAGGGGCGGGGCCUGUGAUCGUCGUCACGGAGACGGAGACGGACAGGCGGCACAGCCUGCGCAGCCUGUUGAAGUCUCCUCGCUCGCUUGAGGAGCAUGCUGAGAGAGAGAGGGAGAGGGAGAGGAGGCGCAACGUAUCAUUCUUCGAUGAUGUCACCGUCUAUCUGUUCGACCAGGAAAUCCCCACCAAUGAGCUCAGUUCUGGCUCUGCCCCGACAAGCCCCUCCCCUUCCUAUGAUGCAACAGGAGAGUCUGGCUCCAACGCCUUCCUGGAUGACGGAUUGGGUGGCAGCAGCCUGCAGUGGGAGGAUGAGUUUCCAGAGACCAAGGAGGCAGAGCCUGAUCUGAUCACAUCAUCCCGCUUCACUGUCAUCCCAGCCGAGGACCCGCCCACUCUGACCGAGACAGGGCAACUGAACUGAACCAUCCCUGACCUGCAGAUAAUCCAGGAGCCGGUUCAUCCUCCUGACUGUGGAUCUCCAGGCUUGUCUCAAAUUCUUUCAGAGAUUGUAAAAGAAGAAGCAGUAUUGCCCCACCAGCCGCACUGUUUUUAACAAGUAUUUAAACACCUGGUACUAAACUAGGGGAAAGAAUCGGUUGCACGUCCGAGGUCAUUUAACCUCAGCAGUGUCUUUUGGGAUCUUACUGGCUUCAAAGCAUGUCAGUCAAUAGGGGAAGCCGCUGGUUGGUUACUGACUGCAAAGAAGGCCCUGAAGGGGCGGGGACAAUUUCACCCUCCAGGUGACCAAGGAAGUGCAACCCUAUCUGAAAGCAAGGCCUGCAAACAGAGAUUCCUUUAACCCAGCACAGCACCAGAUAUCAUGGGUGAAACAGACGUUGAAAACUCACUGUAUCAGCAUGAAUUUGAGUCAAGCCUUGUGAAUGGGAUACCACUGCGUUCAAGAGAGGACUGAGAGAUGAAAGGACUACCUACGUUUAAUUGAACAGGAGAAGCUGUCUGCUAAAUAACCUGGUAUCCUUAAAUAGAUCAUCUUCCUCACUCUAAAUACACCCCAAAGUAGCUUCAAGGAUCAUUUGAAUCUCUUUACAUUGCCUUUACUAUGAUUAUUAUUAUUAUUUAUUUCUUAGCAGACGCCCUUAUCCAGGGCGACUUACAACUGUUACAAGAUAUCACAUUAUUUUUACAUACAAUUACAUUAUUUUUUACACAUUAUUUUUACAUACAAUUACCCAUUUAUACAGUUGGGUUUUUACUGGAGCAAUCUAGGUAAAGUACCUUGCUCAAGGGUACAGCAGCAGCGUCCCCCACCUGGGAUUGAACCCACGGCCCUCUGCUUACAAUCAUUCUAAAUGUGGUUCUGUUGCCACAAUAUUGAGAAUCUAGAUUCAUCAUUUUGCUCUAAAUCUACCUUUCAGCUUGCCUGGAGAAUCCUAAAUGCCACCUGACCAGCCUUCCUCAGUGCAUUCAAAUCAUGACCUUUCAGUUAGCCCUGCCUACUCUAGAUAUACCUAGACCUGGGGUAGGCAACCUUGGCUCUUCCGAUCCAUUCCACUGCAGGACUUGGUUCCAACCAGACCUUUAGUUAUGUAAUUAACCUCCAACAGGGUCAAUUAAAUAAGGUCUGGUUGGAGGGAAGUCCUGCAGUGGAAUGGAUCGGAAGAGCCAAGGUUGCCUACCCCUGACCUCGACAGAGUAGGCUGUGUGGAAAGGUCACACUGUCACAUGAUUUGACUGAAACGAGGGAGGCGGGUUGACGCCUCCAGGCGAGUUCAAAGCCGGGUAAAAGCAGACUUAGUGAAAAAUGUGUAUUACUCAAUUUCUCUUCGAAGGAUCGCCGUGCAUCCAGAUCACUCUCCCUGUGACGUGUGAAUAAAAUAUAUCGAAACAAUAUAUUGCUGCAAUAAGAACACCACGAGACAGGGCACAGAUAAAGUAAGGAGUUUCUUGAAAACACUGCAGGGGGUUCUGAAACACGUUCAUCUUUCACAUUUUCAGCAGCCACUACAGUAUGUGUUUGAAGAGGGGGCAGCAUGAUCUGUUCAGAGAUGCCAAGAGAUUUAAGGUACCAAGCGAGAUGUAUUGUUCUGUAUUGAUUCAUGCAUCCCAAAACCUGAGGGGAGUGUAUAUAUAUUUGGGGGGGUUGGGAGGGUGAGGGAUUGAAAAUAAUAAUGUCUUAUUUGUCAUUGUGUUUUUAUCUCCUUGUGUUCAGGCUGAUCGGAAAUUCAACACGCAGCACUUUCUAUUGAACCCAACAUUGUGAAAUAGCACAGGUCAAUCCUUAUAAAAGAGUCCCACAGUGAAAGCAUAGCCACGUGUAACAAGGCACAGUGAAAGCAUGGUAAAGCAUAGGCAAGCAUUGUAAAGCACUGAGAGGCAUGCUAAAGCAUAUUAAUAAACAAACCAGAGUAAACUAUGGUAACUGCAUAGUAUAACCACAGGGAAAACACAGGGGGAAACUGAAAAGAUACGGUGCAAGUUGUACAUGUGUUUGACAAGUUGUAUAAAUGUUUGCAAAAUAAAGCCAGUGUCAUGAAAAGGAAUUGAAAUUGAUUAAAAGGGAAAUGGAAUUGGAACUGAAAAACAGGAAAUUACCCCAAACCUGCCUGCCAUUGAUAUAUGAAACUUAGGCUAGAUGGGCCAAAGUGUCCUUGUGUUAGUAAGCAUCAGCGCCAUCUAGUGCACAGCAAGUGUAUUGCCAGCACAACAAACGGAAACUUGAUCCAAAGUGGCAGAUCACUAGAUGCCUCUUACCCCUACAGCAACACUUUGGCUGACAUAGCCUGUGCUGCACAUGUCUAUGGCAGACUUAAAAGCACAGCGUUUGAUGAAUUGCCAUGAGAAGCACUCCGAGCCACUGCAAACACAAAUCAUACAAAUGUUAAAUCUUUAACAGAGCGCUCACCAGACUUUAAAACCCAUUCUUGAUUGGAACGAGUGAGCGGUGUAUUGUGGGAACAGAAAGCCAGCACGGCGGCUCCAGUGUUGAGUUACUGCCAUUCCUCUCUAAAUCUGCCUCUACCCGGCUCUGAGCUCGUCUGGGGGCGUGUCAGACAGCCUCCCUCGUUUCAUUCAAAUCAUGUGACAGUGUGAUCUCACAACUCCGCCUGUUUAUAUGCAGGGUAGGCGGGGCUAAUUGAAAGGUUGUGAUUUGAAUGGACUGAGGAAGGCAUGUAGGAUUCUACAGGCAAACUGAAAGGAAGAUUUAGAGCGACAUGAUAACUCCAUAUAGAACCACUCUGAAUGAUUGCGAGCACCAUAGUAAAGGAAAUGCAAGAGAUUACAAUGAUGCAACAUACAAUGAUGCAUCUGUAGCGUUGGGUUUGAAAUAUGACAUAUAUAUAUAUAUAUAUAUAUAUAUAUAUAUAUAUAUAUAUAUAUAUAUCAUAAAAUAAUGAAAAAUAACGGAGAAAACUAAUUGAAGAACUAAACGAUUCUCAUCAGAGUACAUGACAACCAGCGAUCAUGUUAAUAAAGCUAAUAAGAGGUGAGAGAAUGGAUUUUAAAGAUGGUCAGCGCUCCUUUAAAGGGAGGGGCCGGUGAUCAUGUUAAUAAAGCUAAUAAGAGGUGACAGAAUGGAUUUUAAAGAUGGUCAGCGCUCCUUUAAAGGGAGGGGCCGGUGAUCAUGUUAAUAAAGCUAAUAAGAGGUGACAGAAUGGAUUUUAAAGAUGGUCAGCACUCCUGUAAAGGGAGGGACCAGUGAUCAUGCUAAUAAAGCUAAUAGAGGUAAGAGAAUGGAUUUUAUUUAAUUUGUUAGCACUUCUCACCCAUUUUUCACCCAUUUAGCUACAUCUGCCUCAAACGCAAAGUUUUGACAGGAACACAUGUUAUAACAAACAUGAGUUUUUAUUGACAUGAUCUGGUAUUACAGUAGAUUGCAUAAAGUUCUCAGUUCCAUGCCUUCCUCCAAGGAAAUCUAUUACACCUGCACUCCCUAGGUCAUUUCACCUCCGCAGUGUCUUCUGGGUAAAAGCAUGUUACUGGAUGAAAGCAUGGCAGUCGGUAGGGGAAGUAGCUGAUUGGUUAAUGACAAGCUGUUGAAGGGGCGGGGAACCCUCCAUGUGACUUAAGAAAUGCAAAACUAUCUGAAAGCAAGGCUUGCAAACUGAUCACUUUAAUCAGGUGAGGCACCAGAUUACCCAUUUGCUAGAACAGUGCAUCAAAAUGAAUGGCUUCAAAAAGUGCAGAAGAUAGUCAGGUGAUAUUCCUGUGGGAGUCAGACGGGCUUCAUGAGGAACGUGAGACCAUUAUUUUAAAGUCCUGCUUUAGGUUUCACCAGCUAUGAAUUCACAAUUGCCAACAUGUUUAAAAAAGGAAUUACAUUGAUUGUGUUUUUAAAGCGUGUUCUUGAAUUUUUUCGGUUAGCCAACAUUUCCAAAACAUAAAAAAACAAGAAGAAUAAUCUGAAAUUAUGUUUUGAUUCUUCUCAUAAAAAUGUGUAUGUUUACUGUUAGCGAAAAGCUGUAUUGUUUUAAUGAAAUAGUCGAACAUUUUAACAAAACUGAACAAAAUACUGUAAAAAUAAAAUAAAAUAAAAAAAACUGUGAAACAUUGAAAAAAAAGCAUUUGGAAAAAAAAUAAAAUGUUAUGUCUUAU